AUGUUUCUGGGAGUUAACCAAGCGGUCGAGGCGCUUCUUCGUGGCCAAGAAAGUGCUAAUCGCUUGAAGACGGUGCUCGAACACCCGAGGAUAAGCUCAGUUCCAACCGAGCCUCUUUUCGAAACCGUUUUUGAUUCUUUCUCGGUUGCGCUCUCUCUUUUUACAAAUUUCACUUCUUCUUCUUCUAAUCCUCAGUCACAACAUGAGUCUUCUCAAACCACGGCAACGCCUCCCGUAGCUCGCAAAUCACCUAAGAAAAAGAGGUGUGUGGAAGGCGGUUUAGAGCAUUUCAGAGAUGAUUCACCAACUCUUCUCCAAAACGAUGGUUUUUCUUGGAGGAAGUACGGACAAAAGRAAAUCAAAAAUUCUACACACCWAAGGAGUUACUAUCGUUGCACCAAUGCGGAAGACAUGAAUUGUAAUGCUACAAAGCGGGUGCAACAAAUCCAAGACAGUCCUUCGGUGUACAGAACAACCUAUGUUGGAAAACACAUAUGUGAAGAAUUUAGGGUGUUGGCGCAGCCUAAUGAAGCUAUUACAAACGGUUCCAAGAUGAUGAUAAGGUUCGAUAACAUCCACCAAGCCAUGCCCGAAUCAUCGGUUAUGCCUCAAAUCGUACCAGUUGAUCACCAAGCAAUUGUCAUCGACUACAUAGACCAACAUUUGAAUCAAGAAUGUGUUAUGCCUCAACUUGUAUCAAUUGMACACCAAGAAACAAUCGAAGACCAAGGCAUAGACCAAAUCAUGAAUCAAGAAUGUGGUGAUAAUAAGUUGGUGAUUGAUGAUGACGAGUUCUGGACGACAUAUCCGUUUUCUCCUGACAAUUGUAUGUUCUUGGACGAUAUUUCGGUUUUUGAUUACAUUCCUUCUCGGGUUUGA